UGCUUAUAAUUUAUAUACAGUAUAGUACAUUGGAAUUAUUCGCAGCCAAUCAGAGUGACAGGCCCGAGUGCUAACUACAAGAUGGUUUUGAGCGACAUAUAAAUAAAUGUGAUCGACCAAAGUCGCUGACAGCUCGUUAUCGGUGGAUACCUGAUUGUCGGCGCCGCUUUUGAAGUUCCGCUUUCACUCGCUGAACAUAGCUGGCGAUUGGCUAGUCAAUCGGCCGGCAUACGGAGCCGGGGUCGGGGGAGGGGAUUCCUGCUGCUUAAGGUCUUCCUGGAACCAAAAUAAAAUACCCGAAAACGACACCUGCCAGAAUCAAGCGGAGGUGCUGAGCGAGCUGCUUAUGUUUGCAAAUGAAAGCUGACUUUGACUCUUAAUGUGAUGAAUCCAAAACAUCUAAGACCUUUGGUGUGUUGAAAACUGAUUUGGAUUUCUGAAGAUAUUUGCCUUCUAAAACCCCAUUAAAAGAAACAGUGCCUUCAGGAAUUCCGAUGUGCUGAACUGACCAUUGGUCUCAUUAUGUCCAAGUAUGCACUUGUUCUCCUGCGACAUGGCGAGGGAGCCUGGAACAAAGAAAAUAGAUUUUGCAGCUGGGUGGAUCAAAAGUUGAGCAGUGAUGGUGUUAAAGAGGCUCUGGAUUGUGGUAAAUUAUUAAAAGAACUGGGAUAUGAAUUUGACAUAGUAUUCACCUCUAUCCUAAGUCGCUCUAUUCAGACAGCCUGGCUUGUGUUGGAGGCAAUGGGACAGGAAUGGGUUCCAAUUGAGAAAUCCUGGAGGCUAAAUGAACGUCACUAUGGAGCUCUGAUUGGUCUUAAUAGGGCAGAAAUGGCUUUGAACCAUGGAGAAGAGCAGGUAAAGAUCUGGAGACGAAGCUAUGGUGUCAUGCCUCCACCAAUUGAUGAGUCACAUCCCUACUUUUUUGAAAUAUACAAUGAUCGUAGGUAUAACACCUGUGAUAUCGCAAAGGAUGAACUACCCCGAACAGAGAGCUUGAAAGAAGUACUUGAAAGGCUUUUACCAUACUGGGAAGACAUCAUUGUACCAAAGAUUAAGGAAGGCAGGAGAGUACUCAUUUCUGCACAUGGAAACAGCAGCAGAGCUCUACUAAAGCACCUGGAAGGAAUAUCAGAUGAGGAGAUUGCCAAUCUUACUCUUCCCACUGGUGUACCUGUAUUGUUGGAGCUUGAUGAAAACCUACAUCCUAUUAAGCCUCAUGAACUUCUAGGAGAUCAAGGUGCAAUUCAAGCUGCCAUCAAGAAAGUGGAGGAUCAAGGGAAGGCUGUAGCCUCCAAAACAUAAUGUCUGAAAUGGCUCUGACUACAUCCAAAUCUGUGUAUGACAAUUUAAAAAGUGAAUUGCAUUGGUGUUGCUGUUUAUUACAUUCAGGUGAAUAAGUAAGAUGGCUGCUUUAAACCACUCAAAUAUUUAUAAAUCUAGGAAUACAAUUUAGAAGCUAUUUUGUCUGUAAAAUUCUUGUCUGUUACUUGCCCAACCCUUUGCAAAAUGUUAGUAACUGUGAAGGUCUCCUAUGCAAAUAAGAAACAUGGAUACCUCAGAAAAAAGCAUUGAUUUUAAAGAUUCUGUGAUAUUUAUAAAAAAAGGUUUUACAUUCAUAGAGGCUUGUUUUAUCUUGGAUAACUUGUGAGGUUAUGUUUGUUGUACAAAAUUAUAGUCAGAGAGUUAUGCUUUAUUUAUUUAUGUUUAAAUAAAUUUACUUCUGUUUACAAUCUUAAAUUCAGAUUAUCUUAUACCAAACUUUCCCUCUGCAUAUAAUGAGUGCAUAUACCAACCAGGUCUUGCUUCUUUGGUAGAAGCAAAGUAGAAUAAUGUAGGCUUUUGGAAGGACAGGCCAUUCACUUCAACAUUAUUCACCGGUGCCUAUUCAUCUACUUUUUCAAAAUAUGUUCAUCAGACCAAUGCAGGACUCUGAGCUAACACUUUCCAUUACUGUACACUAUUUUUGCAUUUUCUACCUUUUUGUUUUGUGGUUCUUUAGAUUGCCCCAUUUUAUUUCUUGGUUUGAUGUGGUCAUUACCAUCUUGUGGCAAAUCUUGCAUGACUGUGACUGUGUUGGUUGAUAUUGCCACACCUGCUACACAGGUUUUUCAUCACUUACAGUACAUGCUAUACUGGGUGGCAACACAUGUCCCCUUGCAUCCUAGGUUUAAAUGUCAUUACUAAAAGCAAGCUUUCUUAGUGGUAGCUAAGGAUAAUUAUUUUAAGAUAGUCAUAGGUGAUUUUGAUUGUAAAUUUUUAAUGAACUAGUUUCUUUUGUUCUUUUGAUUGUUCCUGUUUAAAUCUCCAAAGUUUUUGUGCCUUUCCAGUUUUCACUUGCUUAAUCCCAUUCCUUCUGCAUCAUCAGGUAUUUCUACUGUUAUUUGCCCUUUGGCCACUCAUUUAUAUCUCUGUGUUCAUAACAAUAUGGCUAAAUAACUUGGUUGUCUAUGUACAGAUUUUUGGGUGAACAUAGUUAAUGAAAUUCUUGCAAAAUUUAGGCUUUAAUAGCUUCAAUUAGUGACUCAGCAUCCUUAUUGAGAAACACUUUUAAUGUAACAGUUGGUAUAUACCUAUUUGUUUCUUUUCAUAAUUUGAAACACUUCAUUAAUGACUCCUUUUAACCUUUGUCUGUUAUGGCUGAAUAGAGUGAACCAUUUUAAUCUUUCUUUAUGCAUUGUACACUGCUCUCUUGCAAUUUAUUUUCUACACUCUCUCCAACAUUGUUUGUUGUUCUUUUAGCAAAGAGAAUGAAACUACACUCAGUAUUCCAGAAGUGGCCUCAUGAGUGGGAUACAAUUAAGUAAAUAGCCUAAGAUCACAUUACCAUUUUUAUCUCUUCUCUAUACUUUUAACCUGUGGAAUUUAGGACACACAAGUGUUCUUAAAAAGUACUUUGUUGCUUCUGGUCCCCAUUGUAUGAUUGUAUCUAAAACUUUUACUGUCUCUGUGUUAAGCCUUAUUUGUUUACAUCAUGUGGCACAACCUACCUAAAUCUAAAUUUUCAUUAAGUUUGUCUGUGGAGGUUUUAGCUGCUAAGGCACCAACACUAAUGCCAAUUUAAGCAGAUUGUUAUUUGUUCUUUUAGGGAACCAUUUAUAAAUUUAAAAGUGUAACAUCCCCAUUAUUUAUCCUCAAAGAAUCCCACUUAAAUAAUUAAACUCUGAAAUGAAUGGAGAGAGGCCUGUUGGGAGUCUGAAAAAUUCAUUUCCUCUUGUUUUUCCUCCAGUCUGCCUCACCUAUUUCUCCAAAGUCAACUCAUGCUAAUCUUCCAUCCUCUUUUGAGAGAUACAGUCUUAUAAAUUAAAUUCAUGUAAUAAUUAGUAUCUUAUCACCAGAAAUACAUUUUAUAAUAUAUUUUUAAUAAUGUUUAUGGAGUGAUGUAAUUGUGCAGUAUGUAGAUUAUCUGUCUUGCAAAGGUUGUGCCCCAAGUUGAGUUAUAGCCUAGGGAAUAUUCAGAGUGAAGGUUUCAUUACCACCGUCAUGCUGCAAGAGUUUUAUUAAGACUUUUAGGUUCUGCUCAGUAAUCCAAAGACCUGCCAUAGACGGCUCUAAAGUAACUUAAUGUUAAUUUGAGUGAAUGUACCCUUAUGCUACAUUGGUUCCCUCUGUAGGACUAGCUUCCAGUAUUACAGGUUUAUCUAGGGUUAAGGAUCACAGGAUGGAUUAAGUAGUUUGGUUUUGAAUUCUGCAUCCUUUCGUUGACUAUGUGGAGCUUGCAUGAUCUGCCCAAGUUUACGUGGGGUUUUCUUUUUGUAUCUCAAAAGACAUGCUGGUAGAGCUGAAUGGAAAUGUGUGAGUGGGCCCUUUGAUGUACCUGCACUCGGUCCAGUGCCAUUUCCAGUCUUGUGUCCAGGGUUGUCAGUCCCUUGAGACCCUGAAUUGGAUUUUGCAAGCCUAAAGAAUGUUAUGUUAUGGAUUUAGUAAGUUUAAAGAAGGUUAUGUUAUCAGAUGAAAUAGUUAUACUUGCGAAGUCUGCCUUACCUGCUGCCUAAACAAUAUAAAAUAUUCAUUUAACAAUCCUUGAGUUACAAAUUUCUUCUCAUACAAAUGCCAGUUAAAAGCAUAGUUUUAAGUACUACCUCAUUUAACAGUGUACUGUUUUACUCAAGUUGUUUCAUCUUUGAAGUGUGCAUACCAUGAAAGGGCAAAUUUUAAAGUAUGUUCUUGGUAAUGAAUGUUUGUUAUGUAUAUAAAAUAUAGCUACAGUAUAUUUUAAUAUGUUAUUCCAAUACAACCACACAUAUUUGAAGCCUAUUCUGCUGAACAAUGUGAUACAGUGAGAGGAAUAAGUUAUUAUUUUGUAUUUAUUAACUAGAGAUCAUUAGUUACUGUUUUUUGUAACAUAUUUAAGUAAACCCUUGCCUUUAUUUUCCAAGCACUACCAAAAUGGUAGCUUACAUUUAAUGAAACAAGUAGCAUCUUUAUCAGAGUUACAGGGUGCAUAUUCACAUGCACACUUACCCUUCACAGUUUGAAAUUACAAAGUUUUGCCCGUCUCUAUUUAAAUUAAUUAUUAACAUGCUCAGAAAAUAAGUGGCACACUUUGACUCACAAACCAAAACAAGAAAAUGGAGCCUGUGUUUCUGUGUAUUGACUGACAGUAAAAUUGGCUUCAGUUCCAGCUUACUCCUGUGAUAUUAAUGUCACUUUUGGCAUUUGCCUAAAUCCAGACAUAUUUCUGGCUGAAACAGUUUUCAUUAAUCCAAUUUGCAGAAAUGGCCAAUUUGCUAAAAUUCACCAGGAUAAAUACUUUAUGCUGAUGGUUGUUUUGGUAUUCCCCUUUCUACUUUCUCUUUUCUUAACCCCUUUUUCUUAAAAUUGUAUCUCUUCUUCUAAUAUAUAAUUACUCUGUUUAAAGAAACUUCACACUGUAAACAAAGCUGCCAUUGUUAUCAUCGUUUCUUACUGCAAAAUGUGCCCAGGUAAUGUGUUAGCCUCUGUUGUUAAGGAAUUUUUUUAGAAACAUAUCUUUUCACACGUAGCUGUUGGAACAAUAUUAAGUGUAACUAUCAAAGGAAUUUGGUGUGGUUAGCUCUGUUAUACUUGUUAUACUUGUUGUACUUGUAAGGAUGACACCUCAAUUACUUGUAAAUACAAUUUACGUACAAUAGAUCCAGGUUUCAAAAGAGAGUGGAGACCUUGUAAGUUUGAGAAAAGACCUGUGGUUCUCAGUAUCUAAAGAAGAGUUUUUAGCUUUUUAGUUUUAUUCUCUCAAGCUUGUCACAUAUUUAACACGUCAUUGUCUGCAUUUUUUUGGAGUGGUUUAAGGCCUUCUUGACAUUAUAAGCUUCACCCAGUAUUUUUAUUACUUUGUUCAUACAUUAUCCAAAGUGCUAGGUUUUUUUAGAACUGAUACAGGAUCUUCGCCUUUAAAGUUGUUAGGUUGUGUUUCAUGAUAUACUGAGUUCAUUUUUUGUUGUCCAUGUGAUUUUAGUCAGUUAAAGAGAAAUUCAUGAGAUUACUUGCUUGUGUGAAAUGAACAAACUUCUUUUUUGGCCUCUGCCCUCUGCCUGCCUUCCGUUCAGGUUGUUUAAGCAAAUUACUAUCUCGUUCAUCCCUCUUCUGUUUUACUCCCUUGAUGUAAUCAGUUGUCAUUCUCACUGUAAUUUUUCCUUUAUCCUAAAAGUCACUUUCUUUAUUUAGCUGAUAAAUAUUCUGACCUUCAGCUGCUCUAAAAUUGCAUUAUGUCUUUGGGUCCUACUUGUUAUGAACACAUCUAGUUCCAGUGUGGUUAUAUUUGUGCUACAGGCCAGACUCUAAAGCUGAUAUUAUGUUACUUAAUUUUUAGUCAUAGGGCAUGUCAGACUUGCCAACUGCUGUUGCAGAUCUGGUUACUGGGCCAAUCUGAUUUACAUUCUGAUUGCUGACCUUCCAGAACAGUCUUACUCGCUCCUGUUUGUGACAGCCAACGGCACUGUACAAAGGGUUAACAAUUACGGCAAAUUUAGACCUUUUUUUUCCGUUCUGUCUUGGCACCUGAAACACGAGAAAUUUUGUAUUUGUGAGAUCCAAAACAUGUGCGUUUCUUAUUCCUUGUCACUACAUUAUCUUUAUUGUACUUCCAGAUGAGCAUUUGUUGGUUGAAAACUCUCAUGCACACACACUUUGCCCCUACAAAUAAAAGACAAAAUCAGACCCAUUUGAUGUUGUUAGGGCAUGUCGUAGACUAGUUAAGAGUGAGUUGCUGCACAUAUCUCAUUACGCAGCUGGAUGCAUGGGAGGGUGUCAGUAACUGCCUCAGACUUGCUGAGAUAAUUUCAAUUAGAUUUGGUAAACUCUAUUAAUCCCAUGGGGAAAUUCAAAACCAUACAUGAAAGCUGUGACUGAAAAUUGCUGGAAAUGUCACAUAUUGUGACAUGGCCUUUAAUCUAAUUUUGCCCUCCACCCCAUACUAGGAUCACCUUCACCCACAUUCAGAUGACACUACUGGAAGCCUAGCACUUUUUUAACCAUUUAUCCUUUUGUGUCAUUUGUCUUUUACUUCAGCAACUUCAGAUACUUUGUAACAUCUCACAUUGUAUUUUUGGUGUCUUUUUUUAAAACUACCAAAUAAUUGCUACUGAAAUAUGUGCAUUCAUACACUCCAAGUGGGUAUAGGCCAUUGAUAGACAUUACUUUUCCAGAAGAGGUCAAUAUUCUUACUUGUUACAACAGGCCAUUCUUGACCUCUGCUGAUCAAUGUUCCGCUACCUCACACUUAGUAUGACUCAUCUUGCGUCUUAUUUCCGUACUUUCUAAUUCUAUGUUUGUUUAAUACAUCUUGCCUUCUGUUACUUACCAGACCCAUCAUUUGCUCUUUAGUUGAUUUAUCUAGCUAACCCUCCUCUGAAAUGUUCCUGUGUGAGUGUUUAUAUUUUCCCUAUUUAUAGUUCACUUCAGUGCAGCUAAGUUCCCACUGCCUUUGAGAUCCCAAGAAUUGUCUGUGUUCUGAGUAAGUAAAUUAUUGACUACUGUUUCCAACUUUUAGUGACUCCGGCAGCCACUCCAUUACCACUAGCACCACCAAAUUUUAAGGCACUUUAUGUGAUCAGGUCAUUUCACUAUUCUGCAGCCACUUAUGCUAACAUGAAUGAGCCUGAUGAGUGUUUCUUGUGUAUACCUUCUGAUGUUGUAUUUAUUGUUGUAUUCAUUGUCUGUUGUUGGUAUUGUAUUUUGUUUAUUCUGUGGGAGACAUGCAAGAAAGAAUAUUGUUUUCCUGUGUACACGUGACGUUAAAGUCAAACUUGAUCUCCACUAACUAGCAUUGCUCAAGAUUUCAUACUUAAUUGAUUUCCUUCUCCCAUCAUCUUGCUGCAAAUGGAGUAUUUGCAUGUUUGCUAACUUUCUUUCAAAUAAAUACUAAAUGAAAAAAUACCUGUUUCUUUUGGGAGCUCCAUCUCAUCUUAAGAAAUGUACCUAUUUCUAGAGAAUCUCAGUUUUUAUUAAUAUUUCCUUUCGACUUCUAAUACCAUCCUUGGAGGUGUAAACAACAGUACCCUUAAGUGUGAAUGUCAUAGUUUUCGGCCAUUAAAUCUUGGUUAUAUGAGAUCUAGCAUACUUUUUCAUAGUUUGUGAUGCUGUUUCUCUGGGGGUUGCUCUAAGAAUUUGUUAGCAAUAAAUUUCAAAUAAAAUAGAUUUUUGCUUUU